GUCCCUCGGCCGCUCCGGGGCCGCGGCCGCGGCGGGACGGGGCGCAGCGAGCUCCUCGCCAGCACCAGGAUGAACGGGACAGCCAACAUCAACCCUGCCGGCCGCAGCCACUUCGCCUCCGCCAUCCCGGUGCCCCGCGCUAUGGCCCACGGCAAACCUCACACCACAGCCCCCCCCAGCACCAUGGGGCCCCACAUGUCCCCCAGGGCUCUGUCCCCCCAGCCAGCCCCCGGCCCCAAGACCCUCAAGCCCAAAGGCAGAGCUGCUGGCCGUGAGCGGGCCGAGGGCAGUGGGGGCAGCCCUGGUGUCCCCCGUCGUGUGGGGCAGAAGGUCCCGGCAAGACCCCUGGUGCCCCCCGGGAAGUGGCCAGAAGCAGGGGGCAGUGGGAGGAGAGGGGCAGGCAGGGCAGGGGAGCCCACUGAGCUGCCCAAGGCUCCCCCAGCACAGGGCAGGGCUGGGGGGCGGCUGGGGGGGGGGCCUGGCAGGGGCAGUGGGGUGACCGUGGCAGGGACGGCAGGUGAGCCCCACAGUGGCUCGCAGGGCAGGGGUCCUGUAUUUGGGUCGGGGGCCAUCACCUUCUCCUCGGGUGCCCCACACAACCACCCCGUCACUGCCACCGUGGCACCCUUCCAGUACCGGCUGCAGGAGCACCGGGAGGAGGGUGACGUGUGCCCUGGACUUGACACCGACCCCGGAGGCCCGAGUGAGUCCAGGGGGGUUUGCUGGGAAUGGGGGGGUCCUGCCGUUUCCCGGCGAGCUCCAGGAAUGACCCAUUUCCAAGGAGCUGGCGUGGAGCCGGGCGGAGGCGGGUACCGCUGGCUCCCCACACCCCCCGCGGGGACACCCCCGUUCUCGGGAGCCGAACGAGCCCCCAGUUUUGGGGGGCGGCUGCUGGGGGAGAUGCCGGGCGGCGGUUGCCAGGGCAGCGGCAGCGGAGGAGGGCGGGAUGCUCCAGGGAUGUGCAGGGAAGGGGAAGAAAAAGAGCCGGGAACUCCGCUGGGUGAUGCGAAGGGACAGAAGUCGGUCAGAGCCGCGGGGCUGCGGAAGGGGCCGGAUCUUUUCCCUGGCUCCGCACCUCCAGCGGGCCUGGAGGGGACAGGGGACACCGGGAGGCCCCAGGGGUCACCUCGGCAGCCCCACCAUGACACGGCACGCCCAGAUCUGCGCCCCGCAGUGAGCCCUACACCCAGGCCAUAG